CAAACAGCGAAAGUUUGAACGCCAACCCACACACCCCUUACUAUACUGUCCUCUUAUCAGUCUUACUUUGCUCCAUAUUUCUGUAAUAUCGACCAGCAAGCUACUCUCACCCAGCUAGGGUCGAGUGCCACGUCCUGUUACGCAGCAUCUUUCGUCCCAGCCGCGACCUCUUGCACGCCCGUGCAUAUACCUACUGAUCCUUGCCUUCCCUGGCUCAUAUCUGUCCUUUGACGGUGUCGUCAUGCCCAAGUUGGAGUCAGAUCAACCCGCCGUGAACGGGGAGAAGGAGAGAGAGAAGGAGAAGGAGAAGAAGGGGCACAAGUCCGGCAAGCUCUCAGGAACGAGCACACCGAGCGCAUCGCGUUCGCCCUCGUCUGUGUCGCUCUCUCUCCUACCGAGGCUGAAGAUACCCCGGAUUGAGGCUCCUCUGCCUCACAUCGAGUUCGCACCGUUUGUCGUACCUCGGCAGCGGAGACUGCAGACAGCAGCAGUCGCCAUGUGGUCGCUCAUGGUCCCUCUGACUCAGUCGCUUUUUUUCAUCCUUUGUUCUAUCCCGCCCUUCUGGCCACUUAUUGCCGCAUACCUCAUUUGGGUGUUCUUCAUCGACGACGCGCCAAACAAUGGUGCACGAGCGUGGCCGUGGUUCAGGAGCUUGACAUUUUGGAAGUUGUUUGCUCACUAUUAUCCCGCUGAGCUGAUGAACGAGGCUGCUCUUCCCCCCGACAGACCGUACAUCUUUGGAUAUCAUCCCCAUGGGAUCAUUGGCAUGGGUGCCAUCGCUUCCUUUGCAACGGAGAGCAUUGGCUUCUCAGAGAGCUUUCCCGGGAUAAUACCCCACCUCCUUACCCUCUCCUCCAACUUCUACCUGCCGAUCUACCGCGACAUCCUCUUAUGGAUGGGCAUCGCUUCCGUCUCGCGAAAGUCGUGCGCAAACAUCCUUAAGAAAGGACCGGGACAGAGCAUCACUAUCGUCAUUGGGGGUGCUGCUGAGAGCUUGAGUGCUCAUCCUGGGACUGCUGAUCUGACUCUGAAGAAGAGAUUCGGGUUCAUCAAGCUGGCGAUUCAGUAUGGCGCCGAUCUUGUUCCCGUCUUCUCUUUCGGUGAAAAUGAUAUCUACGAACAACUCUCGAACGAGAAGGGCACAACCUUGUACAAACUCCAAAAGAAGUUCCAGCAUCUAUUCGGUUUCACUCUUCCUCUAUUCCACGGACGUGGCAUCCUCAACUAUACGAUCGGUCUAAUGCCCUACCGCCGCCGAAUUGUGAUCGUCUGCGGACGACCGAUCCAUGUUGAGCGUGUUGCCAACCCGAGCCAACAGCUGUUGGAGGAGACGCAAAAGCUGUACAUCGAAGAGCUCAUGCGGAUAUGGGACACCUACAAGGAUGCGUUCGCGAAACAGCGACGGAAAGAGCUCACCCUUAUCGCGUAAUGCACCCGAGGUGUUGGAGCUUGCCCGCUGUUCGCUGUUAUAUACCGAAAGUAGUUGUAGGAGCCGGCGGUUCGAAUGCUGCGUUGUAUCCAAUAGAAUGCUAC